UAUUAUGCGCAUAUAUUCAAGCGCUUUUUAAUCCUGAACUUUGGUGCAAAUCCCUUGCGCGGCGCUUUGUGUGAUCGUUACGGUCCAGUCAAAAUCCGGAUGGGGAUCAGAAUCACGAUUUGUGUUUGAAAGUGUAUUUUCAUGCCUGAGAUUAAGAUGUUUGACAGUUGAUACCGGUACAUCACUGCAUAAUGGCUAGUCUUCGUUUUCGGUGUUUCUGCUAUGGCAUUGUUGUAGCUUCAGUCACAUGGGCUAUUAUCAUUUACAUGAUUUUAGCUGAUGUGAAUCAUCAGGAGAGUGAUUUCUGGAACAGUCAGGACUAUAAACGACAUCCACACCAUUUAGUGGUCAACCACCCUCACAAAUUUGUCAAGCCGUGGAGAGUAAACCAUGAAGAAAAUAUGCCGAUAGCAAAAGAUGAUGCUGUAAAAAACAACAUCUUAUUUGAUGUAAACUUGAGCAAUAAUCAUCCAAAUGAGGAGAAUGGCCAGUUUGGACACAAGGAGAUGCAACACAAUGAUAUUGAUCAACAGGCAAAGAGCCAAGGAAAGAGUGAGAGUGUUCUAGGAAUAGUAAGGACAGCUGAUGAUAGAAGGUUACGAGAUGAAGGCUUCAGACGACACGCCUUCAAUGAAUUAGUCAGUACAAGAAUAGGAUAUCACCGCAGUUUAAUAGACUCCAGAAAUCCUUUAUGUAAAUACAAAGUGUACUCUAGAGAUCUACCCAGAGUCAGUGUCAUCAUUUGUUUUUACAAUGAGGCCUGGUCUACAUUAUUGCGCACUGUACACAGUGUGUUGGAUAGAACACCAAGAGAACUUCUUCAAGAAAUAAUCUUACUUGAUGAUUAUAGUGACUUUGAUCAUUUAAAAGCUGAACUUGAUGAGUACAUAAACAAGCAUCUGUCUCCAUUAGUGAGAGUACUACACAAUAGUCAGAGGGAAGGUUUAAUCAGAGCACGUACUAUUGCAGCCAGACAAGCCACAGGGGAAGUGCUUAUGUUUCUGGACAGUCACUGUGAGGUGAAUGAGAAAUGGUUAGAGCCUCUACUAGACCGUAUUCAGCAUGAUAGCCAUACCGUAGUAUGCCCUAUCAUCGAUAUCAUCAACUCGGAUACGUUUGAUUAUCAAACAUCACCUAUGGUCAAAGGGGGAUUCAACUGGGGACUGCAUUUUAAAUGGGAUAAUCUCAACAGUAGUCAACUCAGUGGAAAAGAAGAUUUUGUUAAACCAUUCAGGUCACCUACCAUGGCAGGAGGUCUGUUUGCCAUCAAUACUGAAUACUUCCAUCAACUUGGUGCUUACGAUGAAGGUAUGGAUAUAUGGGGUGGAGAAAACUUGGAAAUAUCAUUUCGGAUAUGGCAAUGUGGAGGGACGUUGGAGAUUGUGCCGUGUUCAAGGGUUGGUCAUGUUUUUCGCAAACGUCGACCAUAUGGUUCCCCAUCAGGUCAAGACACAACAUUACACAAUGCCCUGCGAGUAGCACAUGUCUGGAUGGAUGAUUACAAGGAAUACUUUUUCCAAACAAAUAAACUUGCCCGUGGCAUGACAUAUGGUGAUAUCUCGAAGAGAGUCCAGCUGCGACAGAAGCUUCAGUGUAAAUCAUUCAAGUGGUAUUUAGACAACGUGUACCCAGAAAUGAGAUUACCAAAUGAAACCAGUAGUCUUGCUGCAAACCAUGCACUUCAGGAAAAGAAACGACCACCACUGGCUAUAAGGAAGGGACUGCUUUAUCAACCCUCCCUGUCAUUAUGCAUGGUAGCUGAGAACUCGGCAACUCAGAAGGGAGCUAAACUGUUAUUACAAAAGUGCAACAGGAGACAAAAAAAUCAGCUAUGGUAUGAGAGUGAAUCCCAUGAGUUGCGUCUUGCUGACUACCUGUGUCUUGACCAACCUGAGAGUAAUAGUGCUGCAUUACCAAGACUCAUGAAAUGCCAUGGCUCUAGAGGAUCACAAGAAUGGAGAUUUAAUGAUCAGGCCUUGUAUCAUCCGAGUACAGGACAGUGCCUUGCUACUAAGACAGAAGGUCAUGUGAUCCAUGCUGCACUUCAAAUAUGCAAUGAUGCUCCAGACCAGGUGUGGAUAUUCCAAACAUGAGGCAUUACCAAGACUGACAGCCUUCAUAGCCUAUUCAGAAUCAUCCUUCACAUCAAUUUCAGUGUGAAGUUGCUGAUGUAAUUCGCUUCUUUUUGUACGUUAAUGUGAAGUACGAACCAACCUUUACUAUAUCAGUCUUACUUGAAAUAAAUCUAUCUGAUCUAUGAAUCACCAGAUGUAAGUAUGUAUGUUGAAAGUCUGAGAGAAGUGUCAUGUGACUAAGACACUUGAACCUGUUUAACGCGAAUAACUAUCACGCGAAUAAUUAUUGGUAGUGUAUAAUGCAACUAAAUUGUGUAAAAGUUGAUUGGAUUUUUAGUAACAAAAAAGGGACUCCAAUGUGCAGGCACAUGUCCACUUAUAUAAAUAUUCAAUUUGUUGGUGUGUUUUUAAAAGUAGUGUAACAUCUGUUUACAGUUUUCUUUGUGUACAGUUUUCUUUGAUGUGUAUUCCAGGAUUGUUGAAUCUAGGGAAGGAUGCUGAUAUUGACUCUAUGCAUGAACGGAAGUUGGUGUCUUGUGAACAGUCAUGAGAGUGCUAAGUGCAGGUCAUUACUUCAUGCAUGUACAGGUUUGCAUAUAUGGCACC